UCAACGAGGAUUGUGCUUUCGACUCGGCACACGAUCCGUUCGAGAUCGUUUACUUCUGGCAAUUCGUCCACGCCGUCUGCGAACUGGCGACUCUCGUGUACGACGUGCGGCAAAUACGACGGCAAAACACACGGUUGGCUGGCCGCGGAGUGAUGGCCUCGGCGUUACACUGGCUUUUUGCGGAACAUCUGACAGUCAACGUCAUCCCGACAUCCUACGCGAACGCAGCCGGGCUCGGUGAUGACGGCGAAUCUUGGACGAACGACCGGCGGACGAUGGCUAGCAUGUAUGACCUGUACCGGACGAUGACGGCGACCGAGCAGUCGCUGCCCACCGCGCGUCGGCUGAUACGGUUGUACGGGCCGAGGUUCGUCGGCACGGACGGGCCCCAUUCGACGUUGGACAGCGUGUUGCCAGCCGUGCUAGACGUGGUGCUCGGGUCGUUGGACGGCCACGUGACGCCCUUCGGGCCGCCGAGGCCGUCAACCACGGUGUUCGAGUGCUCGGUCGAGACGGUCGUGGUGCUGCUGCGCGAGGCCUGUCCGAGGAUCGCGGACGCCCGCGGCGCACUGGUCAACGUGCACACGCGGUUGGUGUUCGCCGAAUGGUAUCGUUUCGUGUUGCUGUGCGUGCGCGACUGCCGUCGCAUGCCCGGACCGAAGCCACUACUACGGUCGCCGUGGACCUCCGCGAACAGUGACCGCUUCGCGGAGGACGGCUAGACGCACGAACAUGAUUCUCGGCCGACAACGAUGUAUAACGGACAUUCUUCUUUUCUAAAUAUAUUUCUACUCCUCUCUCUCCAAUGCCAGACUUUUCAUAUGCGAAUCACCCAUUA